UCGUAAAAACGGCUCCGUCUACUACAAGCGCGGCGGUGCAGGUGCUCUGUCUCUUCGGGAGAGGAUGCGGAUGGAAGGACGGGGGAGGGAAGGGAUGAAGGGACGCGCCACGAGGAAAGAGAGCAGGAUAUGAAAAGGGGGAUCGUGCCGAGAGACCGCGAGGUGCAAGGUCGAAUAUGAGAGAUUGGUUGAACGGGGCACUUUGCGUGGUAAUAGCUGGUCGGCAAUAGUACUAUGAUUUGGUAUGUGGCCACUCUGAUAGCAAGUGUAUUCAGCACCAGAGGAACGGCCGCUCAAGGUGCCCACGCAGUGAGAGAGGAGCCCCGGUUUGUGACGGCUCGCGCUGGAGAGAGCGUGAUCCUGGGGUGUGACGUGUCCCCUCCCCUGGACGGCCAGCAACCGCCCUAUGUGGUGGAGUGGUUCAAGUUCGGAGUGCCUAUUCCCUUCUUCAUCAACUUCCGCUUCUACCCUCCUCAUGUGGAUCCAGAGUAUACUGGUAGAGCCUCUCUGCAUGGGAAGGCCUCCCUGCAGAUCGACCCAGUGCGCUCGGAGGACCAGGGCUGGUACGAGUGCAGGGUCCUGAUGCUGGAGCAACAGUACGACACCUUCCACAACGGCAGCUGGGUGCACCUCACAGUCAAUGCCCCGCCUUCAUUCACAGCGACGCCGCCCCAGUAUGUGGAGGCGAAGGAAGGGGGAAGCACUCUGCUCAGCUGCUCUGCCCAGGGAAACCCAAAACCAAUGAUCAGCUGGCUUAGGGAGGGGGAGGAGCUCGCAACCGACGCAAAAUAUUCAGUGCACGAUGGCAGUCUGAACAUCCUCGGCAUCACCAGAGAUGACAGAGGGGCGUACACGUGCCGAGCCUACAGUGACCAGGGAGAAGUGCUCCACACCACCCGUCUGCUGGUUCAAGGGCCUCCAUACAUCGUGUCACCACCAGAGAACGUCACUGUCAACAUAUCCCAGAAUGCACUCUUCACCUGCCAGGCUGAGGCGUAUCCAGGCAACCUGACCUACACCUGGUUUUGGGAGGAGGAUAACGUCUACUUCAAGAACGAUCUGAAGCUCCGCGUGCGCAUUCUCAUCGACGGCACCCUGAUCAUCUUCCGGGUCAAGCCGGAGGAUGCUGGGAAAUACACCUGCAGUCCGAGCAACAGCCUCGGCAUCUCGCCCUCAGCAUCGGCCUACCUGACUGUUCAGUACCCUGCCCGAGUGAUCAACAUGCCCCCGCUCAUCUACGUCCCACGGAAACUGCCAGGCAUCAUCCGCUGCCCGGUGGACGCCAACCCACCUGUGACAGCUGUGAAGUGGGAGAAAGACGGCUAUCCUCUCCGAGUGGAGAAGUACCCCGGCUGGAGCCUGCUGCCUGAUGGAAGUAUCCGGGUGGCGGAGGCGACAGAAGACUCCCUGGGCACCUACACCUGUGUGCCUUACAACGCCCUGGGUACCAUGGGCAUGUCCCCCCCUGCCACUUUGGUGCUAAAGGAUCCCCCUUACUUUAACGUGAGGCCUGGGGGGGAGUACCGUCAGGAGGCUGGGAGAGAGCUAGUUAUCCCCUGUGCUGCUUCUGGAGACCCUGAUAUACCAUCCAUCACCUGGAGAAAGGUGGGGAAGCCAAGCAGGAGUAAGCACAACAUCCUGCCCAGUGGCAGCUUACAGUUUCUGUCCCUCAGCAAGGAAGACCAUGGAGAAUGGGAGUGUGUCGCCACCAACGUGGUCACAAGCAUCACUGCCAGCACGCGUAUCCUUGUCAUCGGCACCAGCCCUCAUGCUCCAGGAAAUAUCCAUGUGUUGCCCUCGACAACCUCUGCUAAUGUGUCCUGGGAACCAGGCUAUGAUGGCGGCUUCGAACAGACGUUCUCGGUGUGGUACGGUCCAGUGUCAAAGCGAGUGGACUUCGGUCCUCACGACUGGCAUUCGAUGCCAGUUUCUGGUUCUCAGACCUGGUUGGUGGUGCCAGCGCUGGAGCCUGGGACGGAGUACCAGUUCAGUGUGUUGGCACAAAACAAACUGGGCACAGGCCCAUUCAGCGAAGUUGUGACAGUCAACACUGCAGGCUCCCCUCUGGGUACCCCAGAACCACUGGUGCUUCUUACUCCACCACGGUGCCUCACAGCCAACCGCACGCAGCACGGUGUCCUCCUCACGUGGCUCCCUCCAGCCAACCACUCCUCACCCAUCGACCGAUACAUCAUGGAGUUCCGCCUCGGGGAGAGGUGGGAGGUUCUGGACGACCUGAUCUCUUCCACGGAGACUGAGCUCAUAGCCCGGGACCUCGUCCAGGAGUCCUGGUAUGAGUUUCGAGUGAUGGCUGUCAUGGACGACCUGAUUAGUGAGAGCAGUAAUGUCGUAGGCGUAUCAAGCACGGAUCCCUUCCCUCCUGCGGAGCUGCCUGAUGAGGGGCUGGCGCGCCCUGUGGUGGCGGGUGUCGUGGCAACUAUCUGUUUUCUGGCAGCGGCGGUACUGUUCAGUACUCUAGCAGCUUGCUUUGUCAAUAAGCAACACCGCCGCAAACUCAAGCGCAAACCAGAUCCUCCCUUGUCGGUGACACACUUCAGGAAAAGCAUUGAGUCACCGUUAUCAUCGGGGAAGAUAAGUCCAGAGAGCUCCCCUCCUUCUCGGCCACGCUCUCUUUCUUCUGAUGGCUCCCAGGGUCCAGGCCUGUACGUCAGGAGGCUGCCCAGCCCUCAGAGAGACAGGGACAAAGAGCUCUCCUUCUACAAGAAAACCAAGCGUGCCAUAGCCAGCAAGAAAUACAGUGUGUCCAAGUAUGAAUCAGAGGUCACCACGCCUAUUGAGCUGAUAAGCCGCGGCCCCGAUGGCCGCUUCGUCAUGGACAUCAGCCCACCGCCGCGCCGCAUCCAGGGCUUCCCCUUUGCAGAGGAGUCUGACAUGUACCCCGAGUUCCGGCAGUCUGAUGAGGAGAAUGAUUUUGACCCUGGGCCUAUGCCGCCCAUCAUGCCCACGCUGCGGCCCCAGCUCUCCCCAACGUCCUCCAGCCUGGAGUCAACGCAGCCCCCCAACUACAGCCCCCGCCUACAAAGGGCCAUGGAAGGUAUGAGCUUUGCAGAGGGCAGUGCACUUCACGCCUCAGGGCAGGCCCCUACCUCCCGCUACAGGGGCUUUCCCCAGGGCCCAUUCUAUGGGUAUCUAGGCAGCCGCGGUGAAUCAGGGAUUCCACCACCAUUCUACAUGCCUGACAUCAGCCCGCGUAGCUCUGCUCUGUCCUCCCCCCCAGGCACUGGAGACGGGCCCUAUGGUUACCCCUCCAUCCCCGAGGAGAGUGGAGAGAUGGAGCACCAUCAGUACACUGCCUCUGGCCAUUCUCUGUCUCACACACACAGCCCUCCUCCUCGCUCGCCUGAUAGCUGGCAUCCUCAUGAGCUCCCCUUCCUGGGUCUAGAGGGUCCACGGUUCAUAUACCCACCUCAUCAUCCCUUACAUCACCCCCAGGACCUCCCUGACCCACCCCCAUACCCUCCUCACUCUCACCCCUCCAGUCGCCUGCACCUCUCAUCGCUACAGGAUCCAAUGAGUCCUGGACUCCUGCAGCUGGAGGUUCCUAUGGCUCCCCAAGGCAGAGACAGGUCCAUGGGGCCUCCGGUUAGGCGUUUAGCUAUGCAACAGGCCCAAAGUCUCGGCCAGCUCAGACACACGGCCCACGGUGUGGGUGUACCAGUGUUGCCUUACCCUGACCCGCUAGCCCGUGCAGGGAGCCCAAGCACAGCCCCCAGUAGUAGUCCUCAGUCCUGGCUCAGCCCGAGGGCGGGGCGCCGGGCAGACCCCAGCCUACCCCCACUAGUACUCCAGCCCUCUCGCCUCUCUCCACUCUCCCAAAGCCCCCUUAGCACCCAGCCAGGUUCUCCAGAUAUUCUAGUACGGCCCCCUCCGCGCCCCAGCAUCCUCCGCACCUCUCGGUCUCUGGAGAUGCCUGAGAUCACCCUGCAGCCCUCGGCCACUGUCAGUUUCUCCCGGAGAUCCUCCCUGUCCACCUCUCCCACUCAGAGCCAGGGCACCACGCAACCCAGCCCCAGUUACCACGCCCACAUGUCGUAUGCCUCCACUGCAGCCAGUUACCCCUCCCAGUCCCCCUCUCCUCCACCGGAGGGCAGGGAUGUUUUCGGGCAGAGGCCGUCCCAGAGAAGGAGAGAGGAGGAGAUGCUGCCCUCAGAGCCCUCCCAGCUCCAGAUAUCAGCCUCAGGGGAACCUCUAGGUGCGUCUAGUGAUCCUGCCGGGUCUGAGAGCUUACCAGCACUGCUACACCACUGCAUUACUAAAGCCAAGGGAGUGGCUGCCAACAACAAUAACAACGCAGCCCCCGCACGGAGAACAGGUAAGUCAGACGAUUCGAGAAACGAGACACAAAACUUCAUCUUGAAACCUGUGGGUGGCGUGUUACUCCUGUGCUUCUUCUCCCUGCCUCCCUCCCAGGUGUGUUUCCCUCUCAGACCCAGCAGCAAUCUCAGACACCCCAAGAGGGAGAGGGCCUCCACCUCCACAGAACGAGGAAAAGGCAAAGCAAGAAGAACCCCUAUCUCUAUUUGACCUCCUUCCUGCACAGCAGGCAGUCUGCGGAGGACCAGACCGGCAUUCUGGCCAGUGCAGACUCUGAGGGCCCAAAUUAUGGGACUCUACGCUGACACGUGUGCCCGCUAAGCCAUUGGACUCGACUAAACCGCCUCCUCCACUGCAUACACACACAGACACACACACCUCAGCUCUCCCUGCUCCGCCCCCGGCCUCUGUAUCAAGCCAACACAUUUCUUGUAAUCUCUCAAAGUUCAUUUUUGUGUGGGGAGCGGGAAGCAUUAAGCUGAAUACUCCAGGGUUGGAAAAAUCGUAUUAGAGGACAAGAACAAUGGCUUUUCUGAGUUGUCACCACGACUUGUCUGUUGAGGAAUCUCACUUGAAAACGCUCUGAAAAUAUAUAAUGUAUAUAAAAUAGUAAAACAAGGGAUUUUAGCUUCCUCCUACAGUAAUAACGAUGUGUUGGUUGAGUAUGUGACAACACGUUAAAGAUUUUUCACUCACUGGUCAUCGAGGGGUCCACGUCUUUAGGUUUUUCAGUCGAACUGAACUGUCAAGCCUGGUGCAUCUUCGGACAGGGACAUGAGUCUACCUUUCCUACAAUACAAAUAGUGUCAGUAUUUAAACACAGGGUUCUUACCACAAAAUAUACCUCAGAGUAAACGCAGAAUUGCUGUAAUUCUUGUGGUAUGCUGUACGUACUUGACCUUUUUACAUAUGAAACGUAUGGACAAAAAGGUUUAUAUCACACACCAUUGCUCAUUCGAAUGGAUAAUAAGGCCUAACUUGAUCUAAUUUGGAAGCUUUUUUAUUAGCCGGCAUAUUGUGUUUGCUUUGAUUUACGAUCCAGUGCCAACCAUUAGGGAACGGUGUCUUAAUUUGCUCGAUGGGCUCAGUGUGUUUACACGCGUCACGACAGCACGGCGCUGACACGAAGAUCGCAGCCUUCCUGAGAAGUGUGGAAAAAAUCAUUUGGGACUUACACGCUCAACACAGGUUGGACUCGUAGGAUUGGAAGAACAGGGUGAUGAAUUGCGAAGUGUUCUGUCGUAUGUAUUCCAUUGUUCAUCAUUCGUGAAAUGUGGCACGUCUCGCUGUGCCUUUUUUCGUUGCCUUUUCUUUCUCUCAUUCUUUUUCUAACAUUAACUGCCUUUUCCUUCGCCUUGUCAUGUUUGUCUCUUCCGUGGGGGGGAGGAGGAGGAGGGAGUCAGAGACUGCAAUGUUAAGUGUGUUUUUACUUUCUUUGCCAAGGACACAUGAGAGGAAAUGCUACGGAGGAUGCAUUACUCUUUUUCUCUUUUACAUUUAUAUCUUAUAAUGGGUGCUUGAUUUAACUGUAUGCAUCAUAAAUACUAGGGCAGAAACAGAAUACCCUUAAAAAUAACAAAAAAAAACAAAAAAUAAAUGAAUGAAUAAACAUAACUUCAGUGGUAAAAGUUUUCAUGAGGAAUGAACAAACCAGAGGAUGUUAAUGUUUAACUGCGGCUGUUAAGAGGAGAAUGUGACUGCUUCAUAAAGCUGUUAACAAGCGAUGGGGAAUAUUCAAACAACGGCCACCCUGACUGUUUAUCUUUAACAAGGGGAUAUUACGUCCUAGCUACUGCUCUGUAUGUUUAAGUUUUUUCGACACUAACCGAUAAUGAAUGUAUGUUUUGCUGUACAGGAAAUGAAUGUACAUUGAAUGACCCAUUGCGUGAGAUGACCAGUUGGCACAUCAAGCAACAAAUUGUUUUACUUCUCCGUGUUGUGCGAUAACAACCGGUUGACCCCCCCCCCCCACACAGGUUCUCUCGACCAAAACGGCCGUUUUACUUUUAUCGCUAAAAGCUCGUUCAAUCACUCAAAGACAUAUCAGAUAGAUUUUUCCAACUGCUACCAACCAAUCACAGGAUCUCUGACAAAUGUCCACACAAAUGAAUCAACUCAAUGUCUGCUAGCUGAAAAAACCUGAGUGAGAAAGUGAUUAUUGCCUGAGAGUGAGCGUCAAAGAGCAUAUUCUACUUUAACAAAUUGGUUCCGUGUAAGAUACGAGGAGAGAAAAAAAGAAUCUAUAUUUGUUAUGUACUGUACAUGGUGUGUAUUGUAUUUGUAAAGAUAAAUCCAACCAUGUUUUACAGGAAGACGUUCUUUUACGAGGGCGUGUGAAAAAGCCGGGAAGGAUUCCCAAGGUGAAAAGAAAUUAUAUAUAAAAGUAUUUGCUUACAGUACGGCUUUAAGUGGGUAAUAAUGUUUUAAAAACAUUUUAAGGUGCCUCAUUUGUCAAACUUUAGCAGAUAUUAUUGUAUCUGAGAAGAGAAGAAACCUUAAUGUUAGUACCGUACGAUGUAUUAUUGCCAUAGCCCGCUGGCUGCACAAGUUGAGUAGUAUUUUCUCUGAUGUAUAGUACGUGAAUGCCCACUGGGAAAAGCUUUAGAAGCAGAAGUGUGUCGCCCUCUAUAAUAUUCCUCGAACAAAGUAAUGCUGUAUUUUGCCCGUCCAUGAGCACACAUGUAGAUUCACUCCAGAUCUCGUCACCUUCAGGCGUCCAAAGCAAAUAAACUGAAGGAAACUUUUUUCUAAGAGUCACAGACAUGCUAUAGUCACGUACAAACACCGUGCUGUGGAGGAAGUUGUGUUUACAUUCGUUUGAUAAAGACAAAGUGUGUGUUAGGGCGUAGUUGCUUCGAACAUUACGACUUGGUGCUAUGUUUAACUCUGUGGUGCUGUAGAAUAGAGGUCUGACGAUUUUUUUUCUUUUCUCGUUUUUCGGUUUCCACAAGCAACACUCUUUCCUCUUGGCCCUUUGUGUGUGUGUGUGCGUGUGUGCGUGUGAGCAGCUAAAUUCGCUCCGGUAGACACUCUAGGUCCUAAUCAUAACAGUAUCAUGGUGUGAUGACAGUGAUAGACAAUAAUGGAAAAUAGUAGUAUAACCUCAAAUAGUAGAGACGUUCAAAAAUUGAACUCAAGGUGACCUGUUUUCUAUCGUGUGUUUGCCAUGUCUGUCUGUGCUUCCAAGGUACCCUCUCUGAAGUAUAUUUGUGAUGAUAUUCAGAUUAUUAACCCAGCCUAAAAGGAGCAACAUAACCUGAUUUAGAUUUAGUGCACACCAAGCGAGAGGGAAACCGAGCGCAUUGAUCUUUUUUCUACACACACACACUUCCUGUAGGUCUACAAUCUCCGGUCCACAGCUCUGUUUUUUCAAGCACACUCCCGCAGAAGCGUCUCACGCCAUCCCACCAAACUUUUGUGACGGAUGGAGCUCCUACUAGUACUGUACAGUUAUAGCCAUGACCGGUCACCACACCCCAUUUGUAUUUAUUGCUGAUACUCCUGGUAGAGCGGUGUUAGGGAAAAGCUCAUACAUCCUCUCUUAUGGUUUUUUUUUUUUACGAAUGGAUGUUGUCUUCCGGGCUCUUUUUUCGCAUAUUCAACAGAAACAUGUACAGUGUUUUAAAGAGGGCUGCUUUGGACGUACUGUUAGCUCACUUCCUUUGGGGUUUUCUGUUUGUUUUCUUUGUUGUUUUACUUUUAUUUAUUUUUACUAUUUUUCUUUUUUUUUUACAAUUUCUGCUUACAGCUUUUAGUGCAUCACUAGGUGCUGGUAGGAUGAUACUUAGAACUGAUAUGAUUUUUUUAUUGUAUUAAUCUUGCAUGUAGAGACAAUACAAAAAAACGCCUAUUUAGCAAUCAUUCAUGGACAUCUGAGCUGGUUGUUAUUGGACGGAAAAAUAGAAAUAUGUAGUAUUUUCUAUAUUCUCUGUUUUUUCAUGUGUACCAGCACUGAGAAACUAGAAUGUAUUAUUAUCGUAGGCUACAAUAAGCACUACAUCGUCGACUGUUUUAGCUAAUGCUCAUACUCAAGCAAACCAAGUAGUGCUUAAAAGGAAGAAAAUUUACAUUUCAUGUCAUUUUCAUCCACUGAACUCUGUGCUGUACAUCACAUGUUUACAUUCUGUAUUAUAUGUUGUUGAUCCGUUUUACUUUGUGCAUAAUGUCUCCAAAAUGUCCGUCUUUAUGUCGAAGCAUUCAACAAUGUUCAUAUGUAAAUAUUUCAAAGCAAAAACAUUUUUUUUUUUUUUUACUUUUCUCCGUUUCAGAACGAUAACCUGAUGUUUCUUUCUUUGGUCGUUUUUUGUUUUUUUUAUUCUUUUGUAUUUUUAGAUUUGUCAUUCUGUUCUCUCACUACAUCAGGUAAUAAGCUUCACUUAACUUUUUGUGAGCAAUUAACUCAUACUGUAUGGUGCUGUACCAAAGCCUUAUGUAUAAUAUUUGUAUUACUUUCCUCUCGUUUGCCACUGCUGUCCAGUGAAGUCUGUAUCGUCUCAGAUCAUGUCGUACUCACUCUUCAUGUUCAACUGCCAUGGAUCUCGUUUCUUUACCGAGUAAAAACAGAAACCUGAACGAACUCUGGUCUAACAAGACUCUGGCCCGUAUCCAACCGGCCUGGAUUUAAAGUGACAGUUGCCAUCUCAAGCCUUCAUAGGGAAAAUGCACAGGCUCAAUGCUGGUAGCUCAUCGUGACGUAGACAUGGGCCUAGCACAUGAUCUACGCUCUAUCUAUGGCAUGUCUGUGAGAAUAUGAAAGCAGUGUUGUAUUCAUGUCACCAUAUCAUUUCAAAUGCUUAGUCCCAUACGAAAUUUUCCUCUCAAAUUUUUGUAUUUUGAUAUAAUAAAAAAAAAAUCGAAAGAGA